AUGGCAGCUUUGAGAAUCUUCUCUAUAGACAUUUCCCUCCUCCUACUAUUUGAUCUCUUUUUACUGCCAUUAGCCAUUGGUGACAAAACUGAGAUCGACCGAGACGCUCUCCUUUGCUUCAAGUCGCAGCUCUCAGCUCUAACGGGAGCUCUAGCCUCAUGGAACAAUGCAUCCUUCUCACCCUGCAGCUGGCAUGGAAUCACAUGUAGCAAGAGAACUCACCGUGUGAUCGCCAUUGAUCUCCCAUCCCAAGGCAUCCUGGGUUCCAUAUCACCUUGCAUAGCUAACAUCACCUCUCUUGCAAGGCUGCAGCUGUCAAACAAUAGCCUCCAUGGUGGCAUACCGUCCGAGCUCGGCCGCCUGAACCAACUCAGCAGCCUCAACCUCAGCAUGAAUUUUCUGGAAGGUAACAUACCAUCAGAACUCUCAUCAUGUUCACAGCUUCAGAUCCUGGAUCUGCAGAGCAAUUCCCUGAAGGGUGAGAUUCUGCCUGGUCUAGGUCAAUGCAUUCAUCUUCAAGACAUUCUCCUUGGCAGCAAUAAGCUCCAAGGGAGCAUCCCCUCUGCUUUUGGGGAUCUUCCUAAACUGCGGGUGCUUGACCUGGCUGACAACAAGCUUUCAGGUGACAUACCACCCUCCUUGGGUAGCAGCCUUAAACUCAUAUAUGUCAAUCUUAAGAACAAUGCCCUCACAGGAGGGAUCCCAGAGCCCAUGUUGAAUAGCUCAUCUCUCCAACAGCUCAUCCUCAGUAGCAAUAGUCUCAGUGGAGAACUCCCAAAGGCCCUUCUCAACACAUUGUCACUUAACGGCAUUUACCUCAACCAGAACAACUUUUUCGGUUCUAUACCGCCCGUUACAACCAGCUCUCCACAGGUUCAAUAUAUUGAUUUAGGAGAAAACCAUCUCACAGGAACAAUACCUACCUCUCUAGGGAACCUUUCCUCCCUAGUUUAUCUUCGUCUUUCACAGAAUUAUUUAGAUGGGAGUAUACCAGAGAGCUUAGGACACAUUCCAACACUACAGACAUUGAGCUUGAUUUUAAACAACUUUUCUGGAACAAUUUCACCAUCUCUCUUCAAUAUGUCAUCCCUGACAUUUCUUGCUGUGGCAAAUAACUCACUCUGGGGAAGAUUACCUUUAGAUAUAGGCUAUACACUCCCAAACAUUGAGGGCUUGAUUCUCUCAGCAAAUAGGUUUAAGGGCUCAAUUCCAACUUCUCUUCUCAAUGCAACCCAUCUACAAAAGCUUUACCUAGCUGACAACAAGUUAACCGGUAUCAUGCCAUCCUUUGGAUCACUAACAAACUUGGAGGAUCUUGAUGUGGCAUACAAUUUGCUAGAAGCCGGCGACUGGAGCUUUAUCUUGUCACUCUCAAAUUGCACAAGAUUGACUAAGCUGAUGUUGGAUGAUAACAAUCUUCAAGGAAAUCUGCCAAUUUAUGUUGGCAAUCUAUCUAGUGGUCUCCAAUGGUUGUGGCUAAGAAAUAAUAAAAUUUCGGGACCUAUACCACAAGAGAUAGGCAAUCUUAAGAAUCUCAUUGAAUUGUACAUGGAUUACAAUCAAUUGACUGGAAAUAUACCUCCAUCAAUCGGAAAUUUGUGCAAAUUAGGUGUUCUGGCCUUUGCGCAAAACAGACUCUCUGGUCAAAUCCCAGACAACAUUGGGAAACUUGUUCAGCUGAAUUAUCUAAAUUUGGAUAGGAACAAUUUGAGUGGAAGCAUACCUGUGAGUAUAGGGUAUUGUACACAACUCGAAAUACUCAACCUUGCUCACAAUUCACUAGAUGGAGCAAUACCAGACACAAUCUUUAAAAUUUCUUCACUUUCAAUAGUGUUAGACUUGUCACAUAAUUACUUGUCCGGAAGCAUAUCAGAUGAAGUAGGAAACCUUGUCAAUGUGAAUAAGCUUAUAAUAUCAUACAACAGAUUGUCUGGAGAUAUCCCAUCCACUCUUAGUCACUGUGUGGUUCUAGAAAAUCUUGAGAUGCAAAGCAACUUCUUUGUAGGAAGCAUUCCACAAACAUUUGUGAACAUGGCAGGCAUCAAGGUGAUGGAUAUUUCUCAUAACAACUUAUCAGGAGAAAUCCCACAGUUUCUAGCAUUCUUAGGUUCUUUACAAGUUCUCAACUUAUCAUUUAACAAUUUUGAUGGAGCAGUCCCAAGCAGUGGUAUUUUUGCCAAUGCUAGUGUGGUGUCAAUUGAAGGAAAUGAUCAUCUGUGUGUAGAAACUCCAACAGGAGGUAUGUCUCUUUGUUCAAAAUCAGUUGACAGGAAAAGGAACCAUAGGUCAUUGGUUCUAGUCCUAAAAACAGUAAUGCCAAUUGUUGCUAUCACUUUCACUUUAUUAUUCCUUGCCAAAAUUAUUUGGUCAAAGAAAAUGCAAUCAAAGUCACAUGUACAAGAGCCUAAUGAGCACAGGAACAUAACAUAUAAUGAUAUUGUGAAGGCAACAAAUGGAUUCUCUUCAACUAACUUACUUGGUUCAGGAUCAUUUGGAAUGGUUUAUAUGGGCAAUCUGCAUUUUCCUUUCAAAAAAGAGCGCACUCUGCAUCUUCAGGAAGAGCAGGUCGCCAUCAAGAUUUUUAACCUUGAUAUCCAUGGAUCUUAUAAGAGCUUUGAUGCAGAGUGUGAAACCCUACAAAAUGUCCGGCACCGGAAUCUUGUCAAAAUUAUUACUUUAUGCUCUUCUGUAGAUUCCACUGGGGCAGACUUCAAGGCUAUAGUGUUUCCAUAUUUUCCAAAUGGGAACCUAGAUGUGUGGCUACAUCCAAAAUCCCACGAACAAAUUACUCAAAGAAAGAUUCUGGCUUUACGACAAAGAAUUAAUAUAGCCUUGGAAGUAGCAUUUGCUUUGGAUUACCUUCAUGGCCAGUGUGAGUUGCCGUUAGUACAUUGUGAUUUGAAACCAAGCAAUAUUCUGUUGGAUCGUGACAUGGUUGCAUACGUCAGUGACUUUGGUUUAGCAAGAUUUGUAUACACUAGAUCAAAUGAACAUCAACAUACAUCAACAAGCUUGGCCUGUCUAAAAGGAUCCAUUGGAUAUAUUCCGCCAGAGUACGCAAUGAGUGAAGAUAUCUCAACCAAGGGUGAUGUCUACAGCUUUGGGAUUCUUCUAUUAGAAAUGGUAACAGGAAGAAGUCCUACCGACCAAAAAUUUAAUGCGGGAACAACCCUACAUGAGUUUGCUGACAGAGCAUUGCCCAAUAAUAUUGACGAUAUUGUUGAUCCCACAAUGUUACAAGACGAUACCAGUGUAGCCGAUGACCUGGAGCGCUGCGUCAUUCCGUUGGUUAAAAUAGGGCUCUCGUGUUCCAGGGCAUUGCCUAGUGAACGCCCAGAGAUGAGGCAAGUCUCUAUCAUGAUCCUUAGAAUCAAGCAUGCAGCAGCCUCAAAUGUGUCUGUCAACGAGGCAAAGAUUUAGCGCAAAAUCCUCCCCCCCCCCCAAAAAAAAAAAAUCUUCGAGCCCCGGACCGGAGCGGAGACAGAUGCAUACAGAUCGAUCUCGCGCGGCGUAAUCCAGCCCAGAGGCUCACUAUAAAUCAAUCAGAAAGACAGAUGAACGGGCGCCGCCGCGUACCUGCCUACUAGUCGCGGAAGCCCUAGUUGCCGCGCCCGGCCGCUAGCUGCCUGGAGGACGACCUCACCGCGGAUCGUGCCGCUUGGCCUCGCGGCAGCAGCCCAAGCACUGGGCAGCGCCACCGCUUUCGCCACGGGCGGCCCAUUCGCCGACGAGCCCUGCCAAUCGCCGGCGUCGCGCGCACAAGCACAAGUCAUCGUCUCCACCAUGUAAUAUGAAAUAGAGGCAAUCUCUCUUUUGCCCUUGGCAAUAGUUCUCACCGCACAAGUCAUCCGAAUGGUAUUU